CUGCCCCCCUUCUUCUCUAAGCCUUUGCUCACCACCUUCCUCCUGCCUAGAGCAUCCUUCAAGGGCCUCAAGUCUCUUCCAGGUUGACCCCCUCAUUUAUGGCUGAGGAAACUGAGGCCCAGAGGGGUCAGGGCAUCCCCCAGGCAUAUGGCACCUGCAUUCUGGGGCCUAUCCCCACCCGGGGAGUCCACUUCCUCCAGGGCCAGAGACAGGAACCAGAAGGCAGGGGCCGUCGAUACUAAAAUCAGUGGGUCCAGAGGUCAGCUGGCCCAGCACAGACACCCUCAGCCCUCACUGAGGUCAGCCCGGCGCCAGUAAAUCAGGGGAAAUGUUACUAGAGUUUACAAACCUCUUGUGAUGUACAGAGUCCAGCCUCUCCCUGUGGCCAGGCAGGAGACAGUCAAGGGAGGAGGCCAUCCCAUCCAGCACCUUGUAGAUCCUUAUGUGCCUCCAGAUGUGAGCCCUGGUUCCCUCUCCCACCCAGCUGUUCUUCCUCUACAUCAUCCCAGGAGCUGCAAAUCUGUUCCUCCUGGGAAGAUGCAGAGGCUCAUGAUGCUGGUCGCCACAUCGGGCGCCUGCCUGGGUCUGCUGGCAGCGGCGGCAGCAGCAGCAGCAGCAGGUGCUAACCCUGCCCAACGGGACACCCCCAGCCUGCUGCCCACCCAUCGGCGCCAAAAGAGAGACUGGAUUUGGAACCAGAUGCACAUUGAUGAAGAGAAAAACACCUCACUGCCCCAUCAUGUAGGCAAGAUCAAGUCAAGUGUGAGUCGCAAGAACGCCAAGUACCUGCUCAAAGGAGAAUUUGUGGACAAGGUCUUCCGGGUCGAUGCAGAAACAGGAGACGUGUUUGCCAUUGAGAGGCUGGACCGGGAGAACAUCUCAGAGUACCACCUCACUGCUGUCAUUGUGGACAAGGACACUGGCGAAAACCUGGAGACUCCUUCAAGCUUCACCAUCAAAGUUCAUGACGUGAAUGACAACUGGCCUGUGUUCACGCAUCGGUUGUUCAAUGCGUCCGUGCCUGAGUCAUCGGCUGUGGGGACCUCGGUCAUCUCUGUGACAGCAGUGGAUGCAGACGACCCCACUGUGGGGGACCACGCCUCUGUCAUGUACCAAAUCCUGAAGGGGAAAGAGUAUUUUGCCAUCGAUAAUUCUGGACGUAUUGUCACAAUAACCAAAAGCUUGGACCGAGAGAAGCAGGCCAGGUACGAGAUCGUGGUGGAAGCGCGAGAUGCCCAGGGCCUCCGGGGGGACUCGGGCACGGCCACCGUGCUGGUCACUCUGCAAGACAUCAAUGACAACUUCCCCUUCUUCACCCAGACCAAGUACACAUUUGUCGUGCCUGAGGACACCCGUGUGGGCACCUCUGUGGGCUCUCUGUUUGUUGAAGACCCAGAUGAGCCCCAGAAUCGGAUGACCAAGUAUAGCAUCUUGCGGGGCGACUACCAGGACGCUUUCACCAUUGAGACAAACCCCACCCACAACGAGGGCAUCAUCAAGCCCAUGAAGCCUCUGGAUUACGAAUACAUCCAACAAUAUAGUUUCAUUGUCGAGGCCACAGAUCCCACCAUCGACCUCCGAUACCUGAGCCCUCCCGCCGGAAACAGAGCCCAGGUCAUCAUAAACAUCACAGAUGUGGACGAGCCCCCCAUCUUCCAGCAGCCUUUCUACCACUUCCAGCUGAAGGAAAACCAGAAGAAGCCUCUGAUUGGCACAGUGCUGGCCAUGGACCCCGACGCGGCUAGGCAUAGCAUUGGAUACUCCAUCCGCAGGACCAGUGACAAGGGCCAGUUCUUCCGAGUCACAAAAAAGGGAGACAUUUACAAUGAGAAAGAACUGGACAGAGAAGUCUACCCCUGGUAUAACCUGACUGUGGAGGCCAAAGAACUGGAUUCCACUGGAACCCCCACAGGAAAAGAAUCCAUUGUGCAAGUCCACAUUGAAGUUUUGGAUGAGAAUGACAAUGCCCCGGAGUUUGCCCAGCCCUACCAGCCCAAAGUGUGUGAGAAUGCUGCCCAUGGCCAGCUGGUCCUGCAGAUCUCCGCAAUAGACAAGGACAUAACACCACGAAAUGUAAAGUUCAAAUUCACCCUGAAUACUGAGAACAACUUUACCCUCACGGAUAAUCACGAUAACACGGCCAACAUCACAGUCAAGUACGGGCAGUUUGACCGGGAGCAUACCAAGGUCCACUUCCUACCCGUGGUCAUCUCAGACAACGGCAUGCCAAGCCGAACGGGCACCAGCACACUGACCGUGGCCGUGUGCAAGUGCAACGAGCAGGGCGAGUUCACCUUCUGCGAGGAUAUGGCCGCCCAGGUGGGCGUGAGCAUCCAGGCAGUGGUAGCCAUCUUACUCUCUAUCCUCACCAUCACAGGUCAGUGCUGGGCACACGCGCCGGGGGCACACGGGGGGCCCGGGGAGAUGGCAGCCAUGAUCGAGGUGAAGAAGGACGAGGCGGACCACGACGGCGAUGGCCCCCCCUACGACACGCUGCACAUCUACGGCUACGAGGGCUCGGAGUCCAUAGCCGAGUCCCUCAGCUCCCUGGGCACCGACUCGUCCGACUCUGACGUAGAUUACGACUUCCUUAACGACUGGGGACCCAGGUUUAAGAUGCUGGCUGAGCUGUACGGCUCGGACCCCCGGGAGGAGCUGCUGUAUUAG